AGAGAAUACAAGUCUCGAGAAAGUGUGUGCAUCAUCUACUUAUUUUCAGACAUCUAGACAUUUUUGUUGUGGUACGAGAGCUUAAUUCGUGGGCGUUGAUUGAAAAUACGCUUAUGGGUUUUUGAAGCAUUGCAACUUGCAUGCAGUGUACCAAUAAUUCAAUGUUUUGUUAGCGAUAGAGAAGAUCAAAUAACUUACAACUCGACGCAUGUUGUAAACUGAGACUCGGCGAGAAGUGGUUGUCGUGAAGCAUACGGCGUGCACACGUGGCUUUUGAAAACCAGUCGCUUGUCGCUGUCGUUUGUAAGCUGUAUACGUCCAGCAUCACGCCAAGUGCUGCUGUUGAAUGACACAUGAACUUUUCACCUCUUGUAUAGCGUUUAAUUAACUCAUUCGGCACAGCUCUUGAAUCAGGUGUUGCAUAGGAGAAGAUUCAGGAAUUGAACGUUGACAUAAACCGUGAACGCUGUUGCGGCUCAACCGAUAACAGCAACAACAAAAAGCUUUUGAUGUACGUUGUAGGAGACUGAUCGAGUGAUACCUGGCAGUGCUCCUGUUACCAAGUUCAGCUCGGUCUGGCAUCUCGCUCUAUACAAAUGAUGCCCUUGAAUGCAUUUAGCUUACUGAUGCCACUAUACUCUAUUUAAACCAAUGAAGAACCAACACUGAGUUACGUGACAAGUUCAUGGUGUAGUGUGGGCACCUUAAGGAAAUUUUUUCGUUAAACUAGCAGACGCUUUCUGCAAUGUGUAGUUUAAUAUUUCGCCUCAUGAUACACCCUUUUCUGAUUAUGGUGCAACAUAGGUUUACAGUUAUGGUGUGUGACUGAUUAGUCUCUUCGGUACUGUUGAAAAUAUAAGACUUGAGCUUAAUAGUAAUUAAUAAUUUGAUAAUUACGAGUACAAACGACAACGAAUACUGAGUAAUAACUGUCACAACUUACUAUUUAAAUACAAAUUAAUCGCUGACAGUCUCGAGUGGCUGCGGCCGCGAGGAAGUUCUAAAAUCGUUAUCUCUUAUCGAGAAAAUAUCGGAUUGAUUCGUGCCGAAAGGUUACAAUACCGUGCCAUUAACGUGGUUAAAGUCUUCACGUAGGCUCACGAUGGUGCUAAAGUUGGCGGGUAUCUUGGGAUUCAGUGCGUGUCGGUGGGUGGUUUCUGUAUGGGUGCUGGCGCUGCUUCUGCCGCUCUUACUUGAGGUGGCCGACACCAGCGUUCAGGCCAGCCGGUCUUUGGUUGAUGAGUCCGGUAGUCUUGACGCGGUUGUUUCUCCGCGUCAGGAGUGGAGGCGGAAGCGACGUAAAAAUUCAGAAUGUCGUCUGGGGGGCCAAUGGCACGCCAUCAACACCACGUGGAGCCCGAACCUCGGACCGCCUUUUGGUGUAUGGAGCUGCGUACGCUGCGAGUGCAAUUCGGUUCAAAAGAAGCGUCGACGCGUGGCGCGCGUGAGUUGCGUUAACAUCAAGAACUCUUGUCCAGAGGCGAACUGCUGGAACCCUGUGCUGCUGCCGGGCCAAUGCUGCAAGACCUGCCCUGAGGAGGCCGGGGUGCUGCCACCACAGCUGCAGAGGGAUGUCGCUGAGACACAAACUGGCAACGACUUUGUGGUGCUGCUAAACGGACGCACGUCCCAGUCGCCCGUGACGUCGGCUUACGUGGCGACAGGACGUUUGUCCCUGAAACGGUCAACGCUGCACUUCUCGUUUCUGCUGUCGCCUGAGAUGCCGCAGCCCGAGAACCUGCAUUUCCUGAACAGGGAAGGCGACAUUCUAGAAAUUCUCGAGGCGCAGGCUACUCCAUUCGACGUGAACAGCAACCGAGUGUGUGGCACGUGGACUAGAGUGCCAAGGGAAUACAGGCAGUUGCUGCGGAGCGAGGACGUUUACGUAGCGCUGGUCCCUCCGGAGUCCACAGGUGCGGAUGUUGUGAGCGGGCGCGUCGCGCGCUACGUGGGUGCCGACACUGAGGUCUUCACUUCGCUUAUGACACACGAUGACCCUUCAUCUUUGAGCGGCUCUAGCAGCCCUGGACUCCCUGGGGGCGGUACGGCGAUGGUGUCGGUAGACUCGAAGUCUGAGAGUCUACACAUCAGCCUCAUAUUUAACGGUAUUUUCCCUCCUGGGGUUGACUACAACGUAUCUAUGAAGCUGCAGUUAACUCCUUCACGGGGCCUACCGGCCGUCAUCGAAACCUUCGUGCUGGAAAAAGUCUACACAGAAAUCAAUACAGCAGAGAUUUUGACCACACUUGGCGAAACCAGUCUUCCGCAACUCACCCGAGGCAAAGUUCAUAUCAAACUCUGGGCAGAGUCGUCUCCGGAACUCGCUAUAUCGGGCACCGUGGCAGCGCGGGCAACCUGCAACGUUUUCUCGACCGUCCUCACCACCGCCAAGUCUGAAAACGUUGCUGAAGGAGAGAGAUUCGGUGCUGGCUGGGCCGUGCUUUCUCUCACGGACGAGGGUUUUUUCAAGUAUCAAGUUCAGUACGGAAGUUCCUUCAGUAAUAAUGGCACAUAUGUCAGGCCGACGUACGGAGACUUGGAUGCCCUGAUGCGAGGCAGACUGCAGGUUUCAGUCGUAGGCGAGACCGCUACACUCGAAGGCAACUUGGAGGUACAAGCGAUGACCGACGCUGUGCGGUCCAGUCAGCCGACACUGGUGCGGUCUCUUGGGGUGCAGUGGGCCGCGAUUGCCUGGGUCGCCGUGGACGAGGAAUGCGUCAUGCACUAUCAUGUGCAACUCGCAGGUCCCUCCCCCCGACCUUCAUGGCAGUUGGUAUUGCAAGAACGAGACGAACUUUACGACCCUCGACUGAUCGAACAGCGAAUCGUACUGGAGGAAGCUGUCGAUAAUUCCGAGGUUGCCGACCACUCCACCAUCCUGUCACAGGCGUCCUUGUCUCGCCUCCAUGUGGGCAGAGUCUCGUUCCUCGAGAUGCUUCUUUUUACUUCCCUCGACGCUGCUGUAGAAAAUAAGAUUUCUGGUGCAACUCUCUUGUCCGGAAGACUGAAUGCGAUGUCAGUCCCAGCCUCGUGCUUACUGGACAACGCUGACGCUGAGAAGCCGCGCGAGAGACCGGGCUGUGGUUUCGAGUGUCUCAACACCGACGACGAAGACCGACCGAGGAGAACGAAAUGUAUUGAUGAUGAAAAGCGAGUAUACGAGGACGGUGCCAGCUGGAGGUCGUCGUGGUCACGGUGCGAACAAUGCAUGUGCACGCGAGGUUCCAUCACGUGCAUCUCUGAAGUGUGUCCUGGCGUGAACUGCGCUGCUCCUAAACAGCGAUUGCCGGGGCAGUGUUGCGACAUGUGUCCUGCCAAUGAAGAAGAGCGGCGCUUCCGCGGACCAGGCUGUCACUUCAACAACCAGACGCACCCCGUGGGGUCCCAGUGGCAUCCUUUCCUCCCACCGAACGGCUUUGACAAGUGUGUCACCUGCUCUUGCAAUUUGGGUGACGACCAUCGCCCUCUCCUGAAGUGCUCGCGCAUGGACUGCCCUUCGCUGCCAUGCCCGCCAUCAGAAGCGAUCCUGGCGCCCGGGAGCUGCUGCAAGACGUGUCCUGUGCGGACGAUUUCGGUCUCGUCCGCCUCGGGUCUGCCGAGCGACGACAGCAGGAUCAACCGCGAGGAAGAGCGACGUGCGCAGCUGCUCAGCGAAGGUGGCUGUUCCGUGAAAGGCAACGUCCGAGCAAACGGCGAUGAAUGGCACCCACGGAUCCCACCCGCUGGCAUUCAUAAGUGCAUCAAGUGCGCUUGUAAGGAUGGCUUACUGUCGUGCCACCGCCUGCCGUGUCCAGAAUUAUCGUGUCCGCGUACAGUUCAUCCCCAGGGCUCGUGCUGCCCCGUCUGUGCAAGUCAAAAUAAUGUUAUUCCUCGCACCAACCUCAGUCACUCGCAGCCCGUAGUCCAGCGACGGCCAAAAGGCGGAUCCAGCAAAGGACAACCGAAAAAAGGAGGGAAGCGCUUGAGGAAAAGAAAAAAUCGGACAAAUGAUCGAGGACGCAGAGGCUGAGCUGGAAAAAAUUCGCAUUUGUUCCGCGUGUACGGGUUUUGUGGUAAAAUUCUCCUAAAUCUCUACGUUUUUCUUAAGUUUAAUUGAUGUAUGGUUAAGAAAACGAUAAGGUAUGGUGACUGCCCGGCUGUGACAGAGGCUAAGAGCAUCAUUCGAGGUACGGAAAAAUAUGGUGCUGACUAGAACUGACUUUGCUUGGUUCAUCCGAAGAUCUUUUGCUCUACCUGGAUUUCCAGACCACAAAUAACAUAGAACUAGAAUUGUAUGAACUGGAUAUGAAAUGAGUUCUCCAGUACACGAUUCGAAAGUUUUGGCCUGCUUUGGAUAUCUUGGUUCGUGACUCAAGAUCUUUGGUUCAUCUUAAUUUAAUCGUAUUGACUGAUCGUAAACUGUUCCUAAUUUUGCUUAGUGUCUCGUAGGAUAAUCGUUCUAAUUGUAAAUAUUAUUGAAAAGCUACUUUAAGCGUGCGAAUGCCGUAAAGAGACCGCUAUUUUUUGUUUUGUGUAUUGCUUAUCGUGAAAAUCAUUCUGUACAGCGUAGUUAUUGAAUUGUUAACUGAUUGUUAACUGCUCGGUAGCUCAUAGACAAUUCAUCCCCUUACGAAAGCGUGGAAAUAAAUUGGCGUUGCAAAGAGAUUUCCAGCUGUUUUUUGAGACAAGGCGCAAGGCACGUUUUUGACGAAUAUGUUGAACCAUAAAUUUAAGAGCGUCACCGUUCGCUGCAUUGCGAGCUUCGGAAACAAUGAUCAUUUGUCACAUCGAAUUCCAGUUGAUCUCCUCACUCACCUAUAUCAAAUUCUUCCUUGUUUAUUGUAAAGCUCAUUAUAUUUUCUCGUGAAUAUCUGUAUUUGAGUGCCAAGAAAAUAGAGCCUUGCGUACGCAGUGGAAACAUGAUUUUAAUUCCGACAAUUUGCCUAGUCUUGUCGCUAGUCUUAGACUCUGGGACUAGCAUUACAACGAAUCUAAAGUGGCUGGUCGGUGGAGAUCUGAGCCUUUAAUCUAAUUGGUGACUACAAUCAUGAAACAUGUUUUCGGAAAUUAACAUUUCUCUUU